CUGGUAACGAGUCUUCCGAUUUUCAUGAAGGAAGUUAUGCAAUUUGAUAUAAAACAGAAUGGAUUGUUCUCUGCGAUACCCUAUGUUGCAUUGUGCUUGGGCACCGGUGCCUGCGGGGAAGUCGCAGAUCAUUUCAGGCAGCGAGGCAUACUGAACACAACGAGGACUAGAAAGCUUUUCCAGUCAAUCGGCGGAUUUGUGCCUGCUGCCUUUAUGUUUGCCACUAUAGCCUUCGUAGAUUGUGAGCUCAGAAUGUCGGGUGUGGUAUACUUGAUAUUAGGAGUUACCUUCUCAUCUGCGAGCGUUUCCACAUUUGCGAUUAACCCGGCAGAUAUCGCACCUCGGUUUGCCGGUGAAAUAUUCGGAAUCUCAAACACUCUAGCUUGUUUUUCUGGCAUUAUUUCCCCUAACAUAGUUGGUGCGCUCACUCCAAACGGCACAAGAGAAGAGUGGAAGUGGGUUUUCUUUAUAACGUGCGCCAUCUACAGUUUCGGCACGCUCUUUUUCUUGAUAUUUGCAAGCGGAGAAGUUCAGCCCUGGGGCAAGCCAGAUCAUCUCCAUAAUGAAGAUAAACGAGAAAACACCGACGUAAACCCUGAUGUUCAUUCUACCUUUAACGACAGCCUUGCGAUCGUAUACAAUAUCUCACGAUGA